AUGAUCAACACUCCUCUUACCGAAAAGCUCGGCCUGCGCGUGCCCCUCGUACAGGGUGGCAUGCAGUGGGUCGGCACGCCCGCUCUCGCCGCCGCCGUCAGCAAUGCCGGUGCUCUCGGAACCCUGACCGCCUUGACCCAGCCUUCGCCCGAGGCCCUUCGCAAGGCCAUCCGCGAGACCAAGUCGCUCAUCUCCGAAGACAUCCGCAAGGAGCGUGAGGGCAAGUACGGCUCGUUUGCCGUCAACAUCACCCUCCUCCCCUCCAUCAACCCUCCCGACUACGUCGGAUACGCCAAGGCGGCGCUCGAGGAGGGCGUCCGCAUCUUUGAGACCGCCGGCAACAACCCCGGCGAGGUCAUCAAGGUCGUCAAGGCGGCCGGUGCCUACGUGAUCCACAAGUGCACUGCCGUCCGCCACGCCCGCAGCGCCGAGCGCCUCGGUGCCGACAUGCUCUCGAUCGACGGAUUCGAGUGCGCCGGUCACCCCGGUGAGGACGACAUCGGCGGUCUCGUCCUCAUGGCUAGGGCCGCCGAGGAGCUCAAGAUCCCCUUCAUCGCCUCGGGCGGUAUCGCCAACGGCCAGGGCCUUGCCUCUGCCCUCGCUCUCGGUGCCGUCGGCGCCAACAUGGGCACGCGCUUCAUGUGCACCAAGGAGGCCGAGAUCCACGACAACAUCAAGCGUGCCAUCGUCGAGUCGGACGAGCGCAACACCACGCACAUCUUCCGUACGCUGCGCAACACUGCGCGUGUCUUCAAUGACGAGCCUCGGGAUUCCAACCGGUCUUCGUCGGAUCAGAGUACUGCUGGUGCCGUCACCGCCGAGCCGGGCACAGUCGACCAGCCCGGCCAUGAUCCAAACAAGCCGCCGGACCCGAAGCGUGCAAGCCAGGAGCGCGAGAUCGAGCUGCGACGACAGGCUACCAAGGAAGGUGCCGUCGAGCUGCUCGGAACGCGCGAUCCGGACAGCUACGCGCUGCAGGAGGAGCACCAGCGCAAGUGGAACGCCUGGGGCCUGGCCAAGAGCUACCUGAACGACGAGAUCGAUCACACGGCGGCCAACGUACCGCUGGCAUGGCAGGCGUUCCUGACGGGAAUGGUCGACAUGCUGCUGUACAGCCGUUCGCAGGUGUGGCUCGGCUUUCAGACAGGCAAUAUGGUGCAAUUCUCGUCCAACAUUGCGCAGCUCAUCAUCCCCGGCGUCGAGAGACAGCCGCUGCUGACGCUUCUGCGCAUCCUCAGCGUCAUCGGCUUCUUCCUCGGCUCGCUGGUAGGCUUCCAGUUCGGUCGCCGCAUCGGCCAUCAGAAGCGCAGCUGGCUUAUUCUCUCGAGCGUGAUCCAGAGCGCUUUUCUCUUUGGCGGCGCGGGCAUCUUGCUCAGCAGACCCAAGAACGAGCUGCCAUCGUUCGACUGGUAUCCGGGCGUGAUUGUGCUGGUGGCCUUCUCGAUGGGCAUGCAGAGCAUCCUGGCGCAGAAGCUCGUCUCGCCAGCGUUUGCAACGACGGUAGCAUUCACGGCGACGCUCACCCAGAUCGCCUCCGACCCGUACCUCUUCCACCUGUUGCCGUCGGAGAAGACCCGGGGCCGCGAUCGCAGGAUGCUGGCUGUGCUGGCACUGUGUGUCGGUGCGGGCGUUGGCGAGUCCUUGCUGCACACCAGCGCCAAUCUCAGCGGCGGCAUCGCCAUCAGCGCCGGCUUCAAGCUUGUGCUUGCUCUUCUUUGGCUUGUGCCCGAAGGCAAGAAGAGCAACACGGCCAAAGGAUCCAAAGCCUAG